AUGGGUUGGCUAAAAACUGUUGAUGAUUAUUAUACUGGAGCAAAUCCUUCAAUAUUUAAUGUCGGUGUUCAAUAUAUAUUAAGUACUGUAGUAGCAGCUUUAAAUAAAAGCCCCUCUCGUCGAUUUUCUUAUGCCGAAACUGGGUUUUUAACAAUGUGGUUAGAAGAUAAAUAUUCGGAGGAAAUUGAAAAUAUGAGAAAAUUAAUUGUUGAAAAAGGUGGUUGGACACAGCCAGACGAGGCAUGUACUCAUUACUAUGAAUUAAUUGAUCAAUAUAGUUUGGGAUUGAGAAAAUUAGCAAAUAAAUAUGUCCCAAAAGUUGCCUGGCAAAUAGACCCUUUUGGGCAUAGUAGUGAACAUGGAAAUAUGUUAAUUAAUAUUGGUUAUGAAGCCCUUUUCUUUUCUCGAAUGCAUUAUUUGGAAUUAGAAAAUAGAAUAAAAAAUAAAAGUUUGGAAAUGUUAUGGCAGACAGAUGAAAAUGGAGAUGCUACAAGGUCUUUAUUUACAAGUACCUUCUCCAGAGGAACAUAUACACAACCUAAAGGAUUUUGUUUUGACCCAACUUGUCCUUAUCCAGAUUUUAUAAUAGACAAUCCAGAAUUGGAAGGAUACAAUAUUGACCAGAAAUUAAAUGAUUUUCUAAAUAUUGUUAAUGAACAAGUUAAAGUCCAAAGACAUAAUCAUGUUUUAAUUGCAAUGGGUGGAGAUUUUACAUAUUCAAAUGCUGAACUUUGGUUUAAUAAUCUCGACAAAUUAAUUUUGGCUGGGAAUAAAAACAAAAACAUAACAAAUGUAAAUAUAUUUUAUUCAACCCCAACUUGUUACAUAAAAGCUUUAGAACAAACAACAAAACCAAACUUUCCAAAAAGGGAUGGAGAUUUCUUUCCAUAUGCAGAUCAACCUGAUAGGUAUUGGACUGGUUAUUUUACUAGUAAACCGUCAUUAAAAGGAUUAACUAGAAAGUCAUCUUCUUUACUUCAAGUAACGAGAGCAUUAUAUACACUAAUGAAAGCUAAAACUAAAUUAAAUUCUGAUAACUUAAGAAUGGAAUUAUUUGAACGUUCUAUAGCUUUAACAACACAUCAUGAUGCUAUAACAGGGACAUCAAAAGAAUUAGUAACUAAAAAUUAUAUGAAACGUCUUUUACAGGGUUGGGAUGCUGCUGAAAUAAUAUUAACUAAUACUUUGGCUUUUUUAACGAAAAAAGAAGAAAAUAAAAUUAAUAAAAAUAAAACUUUAAAUGUUUUUCCAACACAAAAAUUAUGUAGACGAUUAAAUGAAAGUUAUUGCCCAGAAAGCAUGGGAACAGACAGCUUUACAGUAACAAUUUUAAAUGGAAAUUCAAAACAAUUUUCUGGCUAUAUCCGUAUUCCAGUAAAUAAUCAAAAUAUUCAAAUUUUAUUAAAUAAUGGACAACAAAUUGAUUUUAGAUUAAUUCCUUUAUUUAUAUCACCACAAUCUCAAAAAAUAAAUCAAUCCAAAUAUGAAUUAAUAUUUAAAGCAAAUGUUGGGCCUGUUGGAUUUACUACUUUUUUUGUUAUUAUAAACGAUCCUUUAUUACCUUCAAAUCAAACACAAAAUCAACCAAAUAUUGUAAAAAGUAUUCCCGAUUUGCCUCAAAAUUCACAAAAAUCUACAACAAAUAAACAAUUAUUUACUACAAAAUUACCAAAUACUCCUUCUAUUUCACCAAUUCAAUUAAAUAAAACAAACGGAUUAAUUGAAAAUAAAGUAAUGUAG